AUGCACAUAGAUCAAGGUGCUUCAAACCCUGUUGCCGUCACGGCCGGACUUACUCAUGACAUAUCCCUCCCCCACGGUGGCACUGUUGUCUUUAAUAAAGUCUUCACAAACCUUGGAAAUGGAUAUGAUAGCAGCACAGGAUAUUUUGAGGCACCGAUAGAUGGAACUUUCUUAAUUCAUUACUUUGCACGUUCACUACCUGGACAUGUAGGUCAUCAUGCCAAUCAGAUCCAAGCCUUUUCCGCAGUUUUAACAAAAAACCAAAAUGAUGGAAGACAUACGACAAAAGUAGUAUGGGAUAAAUUGUACUCUAACCAUGGCGGCAAUUUCAAUAUGAGCACAGGCAUUUUCACUGCAUCGGUUCCAGGUGUUUAUAUCUUUAGCUAUCAUGCUCUAUCACAGGAAGGCGAACAGAUGUGGCUUGAACUGUAUCAUAACUAUGUCUAUGUUAAUUCUUUAUAUGGCAAAGGUCAUCUUUUCUCUUACGGCAGCAAUGCCGCAGUGUUGAAACUUGCAUAUAGGGACAUUGUUUAUAUCGACAUGAAAGACUACAGUACAAGAUUAUUUGGAGCUGCCAAUGAAAUAUAUGGUUCAUUUACGGGAUACCUUCUCGUUCCAAUGGAUGGAACGUCAAUUGCCGGAAGAUGA